GCAGGAGGAGCAUCUAGUAGUAAUAAGAGGUUAACAACAUCCCCUACUACUCAAGGGAACACUACUACUACUACUCACCAACAACAAGUAACUCCUCCUACAUCUACAACGAUGCUGAUGCCGCAAACGACGACAUUCAAUGCUAAGGAGGCUGCAGAGUUCUUACAUAAGAGAUAUGAUGCCACUAAUGAGAGGUAUAUAGCAUGGAGUCAGUUAGCAGAAAAUAGUAGAAGGAAACAACAGCAAGGAGUAGAUAAUAGACAGACUGUGUAUAAAUAUGUAGCUGAGAAAAGUUGGGGUAGUAGAGGUGGUAGUAUGAUGCCUGGUAAAGAGGAUUUCGUACAUCAA